AUGGUGUCAGCUAAUAUGGAUAUACCCAAAACUGGGUACAACCAGUAUUUGGUGAAAAGGUCGGUCUACACUGAGACAAGCUUUCAAGCGGAAAAUGAAAAGAAUGAAAUUAUCAGAAAAACAUAUCGGGAAAGACUGAGAAACAGCUGCAGCUGUUCAGCUAGAAGAGUCUUCCUGAUCAUCAAAUCCAUCUUCCCAAUACUGGACUGGCUGCCCAAAUAUCGAUGGAGGGAAUGGAUCAUCAGCGAUAUCAUCGCUGGGGUCAGCGUUGGACUGGUAUCUACCUUGCAAGGUUUGUCUUUUGCAUUGCUGUCGGCAGUUCCCGUUGGAUUUGGUCUGUACUCUUCCUUCUUCCCUGUAAUAAUAUACAUGUUCAUGGGGACAUCCAGACAUCUUUCAAUUGGACCAUUCCCAGUGGUCAGUUUGAUGGUUGGUGUAGUGGUUCUACAGAUGGCUCCAGAAUCGGACUUCAAACUGAUGAAUGACACAGCAGUAGCAAACGGCACAGACACUAUAGACACUAAGAGAAUGAAUGACUACAGGGUAUUAAUAUGUGGAACACUCUGCUUCCUAAUCGGAGUCAUACAGCUGGCAUUAGGUGUGCUUCAGAUCGGGUUCAUUGUACGAUAUCUCGGAGAACCGUUGGUUGGCGGCUUCACGACUGCUGCGGCCUUCCAGGUUUUUGUGUCGCAAAUAAAACAACUUCUAAAUGUCCCCACAGGCAAUUAUAACGGAGUGUUCUCAAUUAUAAAGACCAUUAUAGACAUCUUCAAGAACAUUGCACAAACCAAUAUCUGUGAUUUCAUUGCCGGACUUCUGGCCUUCCUCGUAUGUGUUGCGGUGAAGGAGGUAAACGAGCGGUUCAAGCAUAAACUCCGCGUUCCGAUUCCGAUAGAGAUCAUUGUGACGGUGGUGGCGACAGGGAUUUCGUAUGCAGUAAACUUUGAAGAAAAAUACAAGGCUGGGAUUGUCAAGAGCAUUCCUAGUGGAUUCCUCCCCCCAAUGGCUCCUGAUGUGUCCAUGUUUCAGUCCAUGAUUGGGUCAGCUUUUUCCAUCGGUAUAGUUUCCUAUGCUGUGGCCGUGUCUGUGGCCAAAGUCUACGGAACCAAACAUAACUAUCCGGUGGACGGCAAUCAGGAGUUUAUUGCCUAUGGGGCCAGCAAUCUAUUUAGCGGAAUUUUCUCUUGUUUUUGCGCCAGUACUGCUCUGUCACGAACAGCCAUCCAAGAAGGCACUGGAGGCAAAACCCAGCUGGCCAGCAUGUUUUCAGCCGGAGUCGUGCUAAUUGCAAUAGUGGCACUUGGCCGGCUGCUGGAACCGCUACAAAAGUCUGUCUUGGCAGCUAUUUGUGUUGCCAACCUAAAAGGCAUGUUCUGGCAAGUCAAAGAUGUACCGAGGCUGUGGAGGGAAAACAAAUGGGAUUCCUUGAUCUGGGUGUUCACCUGUAUCGCCGCCAUCGUCCUGGGUUUGGAUCUGGGGUUAUUGGCCGGUUUGGUGUUUGGAUUGCUCACCGUUGUUCUGCGAGUGCAGUUCCCUUCAUGCACUGCCCUAGGAAAUAUUCCCAACACAGAUCUCUACAAAAAUGUAAAGCUGUACAAAACUGUUGUGGAGCCAGAUGCAGUGAAAAUAAUCCGGUUCUCCAGUGGUAUCUUCUAUGGUAACAUUGAAGGCUUGAAAAAUGGCAUUAAAGGAAUUGUUGGCUUUGACUGUGUCCGAGUUUUUACAAAAAGGACUAAAGCCCUCGGGAAGAUUCAUAAACUUAUAAAGAAAGGAGAGCUUACCACCACAAAGAAUGGAGUAAUCAGUCCAGCCGGCAUUGACAACCAGGGCUAUGAGUCUGAUGAUCCAGAAGACCCGUAUGAACCUGAAAAAGAUGAGGGAAUUCAAACAAGGGAAAUUGAGAUCCAAGUAGAUUGGCAUGCAGACCUGCCGGUCAAAGUCUCCGUGCCCAAGGUGUCCAUUCACAGCAUCAUAUUUGACUUCAGCCAGAUAACAUUCCUGGAUGUGGUGGCCGUCAAAGUCCUAAAGCUGAUAUAUAAAGAAUUCAAGAGAAUUGAUGUAGAUAUUUACUUUGCAGCUUGUGAAGAUGCUAUACUCAAGAAACUGGAAGUCUGUUCCUUCUUUGAUGAUACAAUCAGGCAUGAUAUCUUCUUCCUUACGGUACACGAUGCUGUCAUGCAAUUAGAACAGGAUAAGUAUAAACCUGGACACGAUCCCUUAGUAGAAAAGAUUUCACUUAUGAAGGACUCCAAGGAUUUUUUGUAUGUCAAUCCAGACUACCAAGAGCUACAGGAACCAGACGAGGCUGCAAUUGAUACACCCCUCAUCAUGCAGUCUAGGCUCACAGGGAGUGGGUGGAAUGACGAUGGUCAUCAUUCAACUCUGAAGAGACCAACGGUACUCAGUAGUCCUGAGUGGUGCUUAGAAGGAAGGACCAUCAACCUCUGA